AUGUCGUUGAAGCCAAAAGAUGAGUUCGACCAAAGCCAACUCCCUCCUCCGUCAUUGAAAUCUUCAGAUCCUUGGGCAACGGAUCCCCAAACUCCGGGUGCCUUUCCGGUGUCACCGGAAGCGCAGGAGGGGGUUGUGUCGGCACCUCACUCAUUAUCUGCUGCUGUCAAGGCCCGAAGAGACGAGUAUAUUCGGAAAAUGUCGAUGCGAAUCAAGAUAGGUACCUGGAAUGUUGCCUCGAUCAAUGGUACUGAAAAGGAUUUGGGGGCUUGGUUUGUUGAAGGGUAUGGAGGAAGAAGUCUGUCACAGGAGCUAGCCGGCACUUCGGUCGAAGACGACCAAGAUUCCGAUAGUGAUGAAAAUGGUGAAUCUGUUGAGUCCCAAGAAGCACGGAUGUCGAGGAAGAAGACCACUGUACCAAUGGAUGAUGUUCCUGCAGAAACCCAUGGCCAUCGAAUCGAUUUGUAUGUGUUAGGACUACAAGAGAUUGUCGAUGUGACGUCCAUGACAGAAGCCGUUAAGCCUUACACUGAUCCGAAUCCGGGCCAAAAAUGGAAGAAAGCAUUGAAACAUGCUUUACCCGUUGGGUUUUCGAAAAUAGCAGAACAGCAACUGCUAGGUCUUCUCAUCCUUGUCUACGCGUCCCCGGAGCUAGCCCCAAGCAUAAGUUCAGUAAGUGCCACUUCCGUGGGUACCGGCUUGAUGGGAUACUUGGGCAAUAAAGGUGCCGUUGCUGUGAGAAUUGUGGUGGGAGAGGCAACAAAACUGUGUUUUGUCAACUGUCAUCUUGCCGCGGGAGCGGACCAAACGGCAUUAAAUCGUCGAACCUGGGAUACGAAUCAGAUACUGAACCGGACUCGAUUUCCUCUAGCUAGUCUGGAUGGAGAAGCUGCCGAAGAUGGGGAAGAAAAGAUUGGCGACGAGGACUUUGGUUUCUGGUUCGGAGACCUGAAUUACCGUUUAGACGACAUACCGGGGGAAGAUGUCCGAAGACUGUUGCUGCUGCAUACUCGGAAUGAGUAUGAUAGUGAAAACAUAUCCCAGCGACGUAUCGACAGCGAGUUGGGGUUUAUCAGUGCGCCUUCCAAUGAGCACUUUGAGCACAGAGAUCAAGAGAGGCCAGCCUCCGAAAGCACCAGUGGGCCAGAACUCGAUCCGAAGUCUGAUCCCGCUUCACUUCACACCACUCUGCAAUCGCUACUGGCGCAUGAUCAGUUACGCACUCAGCAAAGGCUCCAAAAAGCGUUCCAUGAAGGAUGGCGAGAAGGGGAGAUCAAUUUCUUGCCCACGUAUAAAUAUGAUGUUGGCAGUGUAGGAAUGUUUGACUCCGGGGAGAAACAAAGAAGUCCCAGCUGGUGUGACCGGAUUCUUUAUCGGACUCGACGAGACAAAGAAAUGCACGAGGAGAAAGCUAAGCAACUGGCAGAAGCCCGGAAAAAGGAUGAAUCGAUGAAAGCUCGUGGAAUCGAUGAAGCCACCGUUGAACAUGAUGUCUUGUUCGACUACGAUCCCGAAACCGAUGGGCUUGCCUACGGCGAUGAUUACGACGAAUAUGAGGAACGUGAAGAAAAUUUUCACGACGCCGAAUUGGUCCAAACACGGGAAGACGAUGGGGAUUUGAUUGAACUCCACAGUUACAAUUCACAUCAACGAGUAUUGUCUUCAGACCACAAGCCACUCGGCGCCAUCUUCACUCUGACCUAUGAUGCCGUCAUUCCCGAACUGAAGGCGAAAAUACACCAAGAGGUUGCGCGAGAGCUGGACAAGGCAGAAAACGAGGGCCGCCCAGCGGUGACCGUGGUAGUAGAUGAUCAUUCUGACGAGCUGGGACCAAACGCUGACGGUGCGGCAGACAUGAAUGCCGUACACUUUGGCGAUGUCCGCUAUGGCGUCAAGAAGACGAGGAUGGUCACCAUUGCAAACACUGGACAAAUCGCCGCAUCGUUUUCAUUUGUUGAACGACCGACAGAAUCAGAAGAAGGUGCCCGCGUGGUGCCAGAAUGGCUCGAACUCCACCUCGAAUCACAUGUCAUGCAACAAUCAGGUCAGGCCCACAAACCAGGAGAUCAAAUCUCUCUAUCUCCCGGUGAAACGACGAGCAUUGAAUUAUCCAUCGAUGUCACGGAUGGCCGGCUCGUAUAUGAGUUGAACAAAGGCAUAACGCAACUCGAAGACAUCCUCGUGCUGAGAAUCGAAAACGGGAGAGAUCAUUUUAUUCCCGUCAAGGGAAACUGGCUGCAAUCCUCUUUCUUCCGCACACUGGACGAAUUGGUUGUUGCACCUGAAGGGGGAGUACGAAAGCUGCCGAAAUCUCACAAGAACAGAGAUUCAACGGGAACGGGCAACGUCCACAGCUCUGCAACCCAUCACUCUGCCCCAAAGGAAUUGUAUUCUCUCACAGAAAUCUUACCUAUCUUCAUCGAGAGAUCGAUAGCGGAAUGGGGAAUGAUUCAUGACGAAGAUAUUCCUCCCUGGCAGUAUGAGAAUGGAGGUCUGUCGUGGCCGUUCAAUCGAGACACGUGGACCUUCCACGAAGGUGAAGAACGCUUGGAAUUGUUGGCUGGUGUUAGGGAAGCCUUAGACACCGCGGCGCCCUUGGACAGGAAUUUGGACCCGGAUGUGCCAGGCAUUGUCCGACUAGAAAUCCUAGCGGAAACCUUGAUAUCCUUUCUUCAGUCCUUAAGGGAUGGCAUCAUUUCUGCGGAAAUAUGGUCGGACGUGGAAGUACGGCUGAGCACGAUGGAAAAAGGAAAAGCACAUCCCAGUCCGGAAGAAAUUCAGGACAUGGUGAUGGAUGUUUUGUCGCAGUUCCCUGUGCACAGUGUCUCAUUUACCUUUAUCACUUUUCUGAUGAAUCGGAUUGUCAACGAACUUGUUCCUUGUGGGAAGCCGGCACCAACUUCUGGCACACCAGCGCCGGCUUCACCCAAUCCUUCCCGACGGUCAAGGGCAUCGACGCUCUCGGUUGAUUCUGGCGAUACACCUCUCAUGUCCGGUCAAGAAACGCCGGGUAAAAGAGGGCUCUUUCUCACAUUGCGUCGACAUCGCACACAAAGUAUUUCAUCUUCCUCAGAUCCAACGACGGAAGCGGUCAUGGCGGCUUCAGAGCGGAGAAAGCAACUCAUUCGUGCAUAUGUUGAGAUAUUUGCCCCAAUUAUCACCAGAUCCGAAAAUGAUACGAAUUACAAGGGCAAAGACAAGAAAGCAUUGGAAGGCCGCAAGAGACGGGUGCUCGAGGUGUUUCUCAAUGCGAGGCAUGUGUGA